AAGGGGGGGGAGUCGAGGUCAAGUUUUGAUAGAUUUUGCGUACGUGCUAUAUGGAUGGCCCCUUAACUCCUAUAUAUAUGCGCACACAGAUACAUCGUGUGAGUGUCCGCUGACUUCGUUUGAAGAUCGAGAUUCACGCCUGGUCUGAGAUUUUCAGCUCCUUUCUCAACAAUUUUAAAAGUCGUGCCGUAACAAAGAAAUGGACGGUGCCGCGGGUCGUUUGCUGGUGGUCUUCACUCUGUUCAUGAUGCACGAGAGAGGAGCUGCUAGCUCGUGCUAUGUUGGCAGCAAUGAUUUUGGACAGCAAGAAACACCGACGACUUGCGCAGCAGGAAUGGAUGCUUGUGUGACUUUUAAAAUCACAGCUGGCGCUACAACGGGCACUGGAUAUGCGUGCACCAGUCAACAGAACUGCCAGAAUACCGCUGUGAACAAGGCCUAUCUCGAAGGUCAAAUGCAGCUCCUAGGUUUAACCGCAACAGCAGGAAACAUGGUGUGCUGCACAGGGAACAACUGCAAUCGCCAAACGUCAGCUGCUAGCUCGUGCUAUUUCGGCAGCAAUGAGUUUGGACUGCCAGAAACACCGAAGACUUGCCAAGCAGGAAUGGAUGCUUGUGUCACUUUUAAAAUCACAGAAGGCACUAAGACAGGCACCGGAUAUGCGUGCACCAGUCAACAGAACUGCCAGAAUGCUGCUGUGAACAAGGACUAUCUGGAAUAUCAAAUGAAGCUCCUGGGUUUAACCGCAACAGCAGGAAACAUGGUGUGCUGCACAGGGAACAACUGCAAUCGUGCGGGGGCCGCUGCUGCAGCUCACAGGAUUGUGGUCUCAAUGUCAUCGUCACCCCAUCUCUUUUUCCCCGUCUCAGUCCUCCUCUCACGCUUCUUUGCCUAAAUCCUAGGGAUUGCUGGGAGCAGAAACGGGAGGAGAAAUGUAAGAAAUGACGUAAAUAUAAGAAUACGUUUUACUCUAUGUUGCAAUAUAAAAGGUGUUAAGAUGUUAAAAGACCAAACUAAAACUUUUUGCAAGGAAUCAUUUCUGCAUUAACCACAUAUACUUGUGGUGAACAUGCAAAAAAUAAACAGUACAUGCUCUGAUACUCUGAUAGUAUAUGAUGCAUUGUCUUUGAAACUGAUUGGUCCACACCAGAGUCAACUUUAUUUAGAGCCUAGUCUCAAACAGUGUUGGAUCAGAGGACGCCAAAAGGCGCUCACAAAGACAAUGCCACUGUCAGAACUAUCAGAGCUUUGGGUGAGCAGCAUCUUGUCUCCGAUCUCGUCUCUCAUCUUGUCUCCGUCUUGUCUCCCAUUUUUCUUCCAUCUGAUAUCCGUCUUGUCUCCAGUCUCGUUUCCCAUCUCAUAUCUGUCUUGUCUCCCAUCUAAUUUCCCGUCUUGUCUACCGUCUUUUCUCCCAAGCAACCCUUCGUGGGUCACAGGUCACGUGGUGUCCCCAGCCUCCAGUGAGGAGGCGAAGAGGUUCAGUCCUCGCACAGUAACCCACACUGUACACAUACUGUACUAUACAGUGUUGCACACUACAUCAAUUGAUUUCGUUCCCUGCACUUCUUGUACAAGCUAUACUCAACAAUGUAACAUUUCAUAUUUUACAUUCAGAAUACGUCCAGUUUAAUGUGUUGAGGUUGAUGUAGGGGAACAUAAUACAACGGUGAGGGGAGUGUCGUAUCCUGGCUUUCCCAUUUGAGUUUGCGGAUCACGCAUUUUUCCGUUCGUGGCUAUUUCCCCCCCAAAAACAAUGUAACCCCGAGCCACGAUGGGCAAAUGGUUUACUGUGUACAUGUGUUGUGGAGUAAAUGAUGACUCGGAGGCAAAUCUUCAUGUUAGGGCUUGCGCCAGUUUCUUUAAGGGCUUACGCCAGUUGCUUUAUUAAAGACCUCUCUUUGCACACGACUCCGUGUACUGUACACUCACUGCCUACACUCCACACCCCAGAGAAAAGGUACUGGGGAUUCCCUAGCACACCCGUAGGCUACCCUAGCCUGGUGCCAAUUUCCCCCUACCCCGGGAUCCCAUCGCUCCUCCAGGGGAAAAGUACUGGAGAAGUCCCUAGCACCCACAGGCUACCCUAGCCUGGUGUCAAUUUCCCUAUACCCUGGGUCCCGACUGUGCAAUACACGUUCCCGGAUUCUCCAGAUGACCCUGAACCCGUGACGGGUUCCGGCUUAAAUCCCCCAGGGGGACAUGACGUCACCGUCCCGCCCCCUGUGCAUAACGUCACCAUCCGUGACGUCAUCAUACCAGAGGGCGAGCGUGACAUGACGUCACUAACUCCUACACUACAUCACCCCCCCCUGUGAAAAAAAAACAGCCGACCCGGCUGCAACCAUUACAAGAGCAGACCCCGGCAAACCCGAAUGGGAAGACAACUCCCCACACGGGACACUGGAACGUGUCCAACG